AUGGGUGUCAGCCACGUCGUCAGUACCGCUGUCCGGGAAGAAGCAGCAUCGCCCACACAGAACAUCGACCGCCAGACAGAGUCGCCAGUUCCUCUCAUUCUCCUCGACUGGGACGACACCAUUCUGCCCAACACGCACUUGGCCAAGCUCAGUCUCUUUUCAGAAGACGAGGAGUUCGAGCUGCCAGAAGACUGUGUGCCCGUUCUAGAAGAAUUUGCCAAGGAGGUGGAGAAGUUCCUCACGGCGUGUCUUAAGAUCGGUUCGUGCUGUAUCGUUACGAACGGUCUCACUGGAUGGGUCGAGUCCUCUUGCCAGCGCUUUUUGCCCAAUGUCGUGCCCCUACUGGAGCAGAUGACCGUCAUCUCAGCCCGCUCCAACUUUGAGCGUGUGCUCCCGGAUCGUCCCAUUGAGUGGAAGAUUGCCGUCUACCGGGACGUGCUUGCCAAGCGCGGCUUGAAUCAGGAGCCGGCUGUUGAGACCCGCGGUGUGUACGUCGAGCAGCAACAGCGGGAGCCGCAGCAGGUGAUUGCUCUGGGAGAUUCACAGGUGGACCGCUGUGCGAUUCAGUACGUAGCACGACGUUCGCCCCAUACUCAACUCAAGUCAAUCAAGUUACUGGACAAUCCGAGCAUUAUGCAGCUACAGAAGCAGUUGAAUUUGCUCGGCGUUUUUCUCGUGCAGCUCAGUGGACACGACGAGGCACUUGAUCUCGAGUUGUCCAAUGAGAUGCUACAGUAG